AAACAAAGAGAGGGAAAUGAAACAAAACAAAAUCCGCAUAAAUAUAACGUGAGAAUAGGAUUUUGUCCAAACUAUAGGCGCCCGCUUCGCCCCCACCGAAUUACACACAACAAACGAAAGCCGCUGUCUUCCGCAAUAACUCCAAAACUACUCCUCAGUUUCUCCGGAUUCCUCCACUUUCUCACCCUUUCCUUCAUUUUCCCGGAAAAUUUUCUUUAUGGGUGGCCUCAUAUAUUCCUCGAAUCAAAUGGGUUUGCGUUAGAAUCCCGCAGCAUGCAGCCGUUGAGUCUCUGACAAGCUCGGCCUCUUGUUAUUGCUUCACAGAUAUGGCGAUUAAAUGUGGUUCUUCGUUUUCUUGCCUGGCAACUUAUCCUGCUUCCCAUUGCCAAACCACAAGGGGUUCCCAGUUGAGCUUAUUGCGUGUACCGUACUGCAGCCAACAACGUAAUGGUCAACAGCUGAGAUAUGCUAAAGGUAAUUCAUGCAUAUUGAGACAUCGAGUAGGGCAGUCAAGCAAAAGGAUCCCAAACAGUCACAGUGUUCUUUUUGCUGUUGCUGAAGAUCAGUCACAAUAUAGUGAGAUAAAAACAGAUGCUAUGGAGCAAGAAACUCACCUUCCUAAUUCUGAAGAUAUAUUUCCUUCUAACAGUUCAUAUAUCCAUUUUGAUGGUACUGGUGGAAAACCGGGUUUAAUCUCAUUUUAUAACCGUCCGUAUAAAGGGGAAGAAGAAGUUUCUACAAAUAAUCCAGAAAGGAACCAAAACAGCCUCUUAUGGUUCAUUGGUCCAGCUGUUCUCCUAGCUUCUUUCAUUUUCCCCUCACUCUAUCUGCGCAAAAUACUAUCUACUAUAUUUGAGGAUUCUUUGUUGACAGAUUUUCUCAUCUUGUUCUUCACGGAAGCUCUCUUCUACAGUGGUGUUGCAGUGUUUCUUCUUCUGAUUGACUGUUCAAGGAGGACAGCUGAACCAGAAUUGGUUGUCCCCAGUAACAGAACCCCAGCCUCUCAGUUAGGACAGCGAAUCUCAUCUGUUGCUUCCUUGGUACUCAGUCUUAUAAUUCCUAUGGUGACUAUGGGUUAUGUCUGGCCAUGGACUGGCCCUGCAGCUUCUGCUACUCUUGCUCCAUAUCUGGUUGGUAUAGUGGUCCAAUUUGCAUUUGAGCAGUACGCAAGAUAUAAGAAGUCACCUUCAUGGCCUGUUAUCCCUGUCAUCUUUCAAGUCUAUAGAUUGCAUCAACUGAAUAGAGCAGCGCAACUGGUGACUGCUCUGUCCUUUACAGUCAGAGGCGCUGAGACGACACCGCACAACUUGGCAAUAAACAGUUCCUUGGGCACACUGUUGAAUGUCCUUCAAUGCCUAGGAGUUAUCUGCAUUUGGUCUCUCUCAAGUUUCCUUAUGAGGUUUUUCUCUUCCACCACUGCUAAUCCACCUUAAAGCCCGCGAUAUCAUGUACGGAUCAUGUAACUCAGCUACAAUGUCAUCCGGCUUCUUUCAAGAAAAUUAAAUGAAUAUCAGUUGGAUCCAAUUUCCUUUUUUCCGUGGUUUAGUUCCGCUCGGGCUGGAGUUUGACAGCAAGUGGCCAUUGAAGUUUUGACUGGUCUCAAGCAAAGUCAGAAGGUAGUUGCAGGAUUUUGUAAAUGAGAUUCUUAAAAUGAGAGAGAGAGAGAGAGAGAGAGAGAGAGAGAGAGAGAGCAAAGUUGAUGAGAAUUUUGUGCUGCUAUUUCCAUAUGAUUUGGUUUACUACAUUUUCAUUGCACAUAAGAUUAUUUUUGUUUCAUUAAAUCCUAUUUGUUUAGAAUUUAACAGA